AUGAUGACACCGCAUCCCACCAUCUCGCUGGCUUCCUUUUUCUUUCUUUUUUUUUUUCUCUCCCCAAAAUCGUAUUUUGAGGACAACCAAAACUAGAAUGUGUUCUGGGUGUGGCUGCAUGUGAUUUACCCAAUAGCCAAAGCAGGGGGGGAUCACAAGGGAAAGACAAAGCGUCUGCUGCUGAAGGGAGUGGAGACCAAGGGCUGCAGGAUGAAAAUCUCUGGAGCCUGUAAACUGUUGUGUCUCUUAGCAAUCUCCUUGUCCCCAGCUGACUGGUUUCCAUGGGUGGUCCAUGGGCAAGAAGUGGAAAGUGCAACCGGUGAAGUUAGUUCCGACUCUCUUAUCAGCACUUCUGAUGCAGCUGUCACACCACCUGUGCUUCGUAGUCCUGUUCAGUCUGAUAGCGAAACUGCAACUCCUUCAUCAGAUUGUCGUGAAGAAAAAUUCCCUUGCACACGCCUGUACUCUGUUCACAAGCCGGUGAAGCAGUGUAUCAGCUACCUCUGUGUUACGAGUGUGCGUCGCAUGUACAUAAUAAACAAAGAGGUGUGCUCUCGCAUUGUCUGCAAGGAGAAUGAGGUCAUGCAAGAUGAGAUCUGUCGUCAGCUGGCUGGCCUUCCCUCUCGACGUCUCCGCCGAUCUGGGCAGCCUGUUAAUUUCCCUUGCAGACAAUUCCUAGAGCAGCAGCGCAGCCAGCCUGAUGCUCUCUGAGCUACCAACAAUAGGAGAGAAAAAGGAAGG